GUUUUUAAGUUUCAUACAUUCAAGUCCAACCCUGAUUAUUUUAUACAUCACUAUCUCAAAAGCUCUCUUAUUACGCUUGGGUUGUUCAAAGAAGACACAUCCCAUUCCCAUCCAACUUGAUCAAGUCCUGUUUUGGAUCUCAUUUCCUAAAUAAAUAACCAAAUAACCUAACAAAUUCAAAAAUUAUUCUUCUCCGAUCCCCGGAAUAUCCUUCUCCAAGUUCUAAAAGUCUAAACUAUAGCAAUAUAAAGGCCCAUAAUGAGGCCCACCAUCGCCCGUACCAGUUUUAUUUCCAAACCGGGUUUAGGGUUUCUUCUCACUCUACUAUAGGUUUUAAAGCAGCUUUGUUCUAUCUCCGUCUCUCUCUCUCUCUCCACUUCUCUUCCCAAUCUCUUCUCCUUUCCCUCCUAAAACCAUCAUCAAUGGCCGUUACAUUCUCAGAUCUACACACAGAGGAGGGUGUCAAAUCCCUGGAGAACCACCUCGCCGGAAAAACCUACAUCUCCGGAGAUCAGUUGUCUGUGGAUGAUGUGAAGGUAUACGCUGCCGUUUCGGGGAAACCUAGCGAUGCUUUCCCUAAUGCUAGCAGGUGGUUCGAUUGCGUUGCUUCCCAUUUAGCUAAAAGCUUCCCUGGAAAAGCUGUUGGAGUGAGUAUUGGUGGCUCUGUUGCUGCUGCUGCUCCUGCUCAAGCUGAGGCACCUGCAGCGGCUGCAGCUGAUGAUGAUGAUGACAUGGAUCUGUUUGGUGACGAGACCGAGGAGGAAAAGAAAGCUGCUGAGGAGAGGGAGGCUGCUAAGAAGGACACCAAGAAGCCCAAAGAGAGUGGAAAGUCCUCUGUUCUCAUGGAAGUGAAGCCAUGGGAUGACGAGACUGACAUGAAGAAACUUGAGGAGUGUGUUCGCGCUGUUGAGAUGCCUGGUCUUCUCUGGGGAGCUUCAAAACUGGUUCCAGUUGGUUACGGGAUCAAGAAGCUCACAAUCAUGCUCACAAUUGUUGAUGACCUCGUCUCCCCUGACAACCUCAUUGAAGACUAUCUCACUUCUGAACCUAACAACGAGUACAUCCAGAGUGUUGACAUCGUUGCAUUCAACAAGAUCUAGAGACUUUCAAAACCUCUCUCCCUACCAAACGAUACAUUUGAUUUCCUUCCAAGUUUUGUUAUCUUGUCUUUGCUUGAGAUGCUUGUUUUCUAGUUGCAAGACAUAAACUAUCAAUGUUUACUAUCCAUUUUCAUUAUCUCAAGAACCGCUCAAGUACUGUGAAAAGUUCUCUACUACUUCUGAAACAAUCACGUAUCCUGCAGCUCCCAUGACAAGACCAAGUGUUACUUUUCCUCCUGGAACAAGUUGUGGCACGCUUGUUGCUGUUGAUGAUGAGACUAUGUACCUAUCUGACCAAGACAUUGCAGCUGGUAGGAUUCCAAACAGUACAAGAACUGCAGAAGGUAAACAACAGUUAGUUUUGGUGUUUGGUUUAAAGGCAGUCUCUCAAGAAGAAACUUGUUGUACCUCCAUAUGUC